UGAAUAACCCACAAACAGCUUGUGGGAGGUGGAAAGCCAAAGAGGGAGUCCUUUGCCUUUUUUUUAUUUUAAAUUUAGGGAUGGUAACUAUGUCUUGAGUGCUCCUGGCUUUCCUCCUUUGCAGGAGGACAGACGCUGAGGUCGCAGGCAGGAGGCUCUUGCUCAGCACCAGGUUCCCGGCAGGUCCCUGAGGGACCGAUGUAAAUAAAACCGCCGAAACUUACCCAGGUGGGGGCGCCGGGCCGGGCACCGCCCCGCUGCAGGCCUCUGCCCACCUCCCGCCUUCUUCCUGUUCUCCCCCUCAAAUCCAUCCCGCGGGAAGGCUCCCCUGCUGCCGGGGGGGGGGCGGUUCGCGCAGGUUAGGAAGGAUAAUCCCGAAAUUUUCCCCGAGGUGGGGGACUGCCCGCGGCCCGGCCCGGCCCCGCCGCCUCCCCUCAGCGUCCCGCCCGCCCCGCGCAUGCGCGGUCCCGCCGCCGCCCGCCCAACUCUCGCGAGAGGCGGCGGUUGGCGCCUUCGGGGCGGCGGGACGGGACGGGGAGGGAUGGGGUUGCUGGAGCAGUGCGAGGCCGCCUUCGGCUCCCCCGACCUCUACCGCGUGCUGGGCGUCCGCCGGGAGGCCUCCCCCGAGGAGAUCCGCCGCGGCUACCAUCGCGCCUCGCUCCGCGUACACCCCGACCGCGCCGAGCCCCGUGACAAGGAGGAGGCGACGCGGCGCUUUCAGAUCCUGAGCAAGGCGUACGCCGUGCUGAGCGAUGCGGAGCAGCGUGCCGUCUACGAUGAGCAGGGCAGGGUGGACGAGGAGGGCGAGGCGCUGAGGGGCGAUCGGGACUGGCAGGAGUACUGGCGGCUGCUCUUCAAGAAGAUCACCGUAAAAGACAUCGAAGACUUUGAAAAGAGCUACAAAGAUUCAGAGGAAGAGCUAGCUGAUAUUAAAGCAGCGUACAUGGAUUUUGAGGGUGACAUGGACAGGAUAAUGGAGUCUGUGUUGUGUGCAGACUAUACAGAUGAACCAAGAAUCCGGAAAAUCAUAGAAAAAGCCAUUGAGUCUGGAGAAGUCCCAUCCUACAAAGGUUUUGUAAAAGAGGCCAAGCAGAAAAUGAUCGCGAGAAAAAGGCGGGCGGAAAAAGAAGCUAGAGAGGCAGAAAAGACUAAAGAUGAACUGGGCCUUGGUGGAGAAGAUGACUUGAAAGCGCUGAUUCAAAGCAGAAAUAAAGAUCGUAAGAAGGAAAUGGAUGACUUUCUGGCCCAACUGGAAGCAAAAUAUGGGAAUAAUGCUAAAAAAGGAGGAAAGAAGACCGCAGCCAAGAAAGGAAAGAAAUAAAGAACUUUGUAGGCUGAAAUAUCAGGUAUCAUUUUGUAUGGGAACACAUGGAUUUGGGAGAACUUCAGAGUUUUUCUGGACUACUGUUUCGGAGUGUGUGUGCGUGGACUUGCUCUGACGGGGAGUAUGAUACAGAACGCAUCACGAACAAGAAAGACAAAGCAUUCUGGUGCUACUGUUCAAAAUCCUUUGGAUGCCCCUCAGUUAAGCUCAAACAGAUUCUUGACGGAAAAGUUUUGUUAUAGUAAGGAAGUGGUGUGAUGUUAGGGAUGCCUGGGUGCUUAUUAAACUUGUGUUAAAGCGCCUUCUUUCCAAACACCUAAAGGGUGUCAGCACAGCUGAUGGGUAAAACAAUGUAAUCCCACACCUUUGAGAGUCUUCGGUGCUGGCUCCUGCAGCUUCUGAGUUGGAAACCUUAUCUUUUUGCUAGUCACACAUUUCUUUUGUAACAAACCUUCUGCUGUUUUUAAAGGUCUUUGCACUUCAGCUCAACAGGUGGUUUUCAGAUAUUCUAGUGG